AUGGAAGGAGGAAACCGACCGAAAAACGUCAACAAAGAAACAUCCAAUACCGAAACCGAAACCACCAUGAUGAUGCCGUCCUCGUCAAAUCUACCUUUCACUCCCAAAGGUGAAAGCUAUGGUGCUGACAUUAACGUUCAAUUUCACAAUGCCGCCACUUCAACAGUCUCUGGAAAAUCUGCUCCUCCAAGGAAGCCAUUGCAUCAAGAAGUGAAGCCUGAAAGCUGGGUCGUGCCAACAUCAACCAAAGCAAUCCGCGCCGUCAAUCCAGUUACCUUUGCCUUCAGUAGACUUGCUGAUAAGGUGAAGCUAGGUUCCCAAAGAACUGAUGGGAAAAACCCAAUCUCGCUGGCCAACGGUGACCCCAGAUCAGCUUCAGACUUUGGACCAUGCACAGAAGCAAUGAAGGCUUCGGUUCAUUCCAUGAUAAGAGAUGCACAACAAAGUCUAGGUUAUGCAAAUGCGUGCGGGGUUUCAUCAGUUCGGAAAGCUAUUGCAGAACACCACUCCUAUCCAGAGCACCGUAUUGAAGCGAGAAAUGUCAUUGUUACCAAUGGAUGCUCUGGUGCUUUAGAGCUUGCGUUCAACGCACUACUAGAUCCUGGAUGCGGCGUAUUGAUACCGCAACCAUCGAUUCCAAUGUAUGAGAUGAUGGCUGAGAGUGUUGGAGCUACUGUGGUCAAAUAUAAACUUCAAAUGGACUGCAACUGGGAAUGUGACUUGGAAUUUCUCCAUACUGCUAUGCAGCAUUGUGGCAAUAAGAUUCGUGCCAUUGUGGUGAACAAUCCAUCGAGUGCAACGGGUGCAGUGUUUUCUCAGCUUCAUAUUGUGCAGCUGCUCGAGUUUGCACGUAUCUACCGACUACCAAUCAUUGCCGAUGAAGUGUUUGGAGACAUGACCUAUGCCCCUUCUCAGUUCUUCCCCAUUGCCCAAGUUGCAGCGCAACUGGGACGGCAGGUUCCAGUCAUUACAGCUAAUGGAUUGUCCAAACAGUUAAUGAUUCCAGGGUGGCGUGCCGGCUGGGUCACGUUCCAUGACAAUGUUCAUGGGUCGCUCAGAGAGUUACAAGCUGGUGCAGUUCGUCUUGCCGAACUUGGACCUGGAGUUUCUACUUUGACACAAUGUGCCAUUCCACAACUUCUCUCCAAAUCCAAUGAAGGUCUGAACGGCUGGAAAAGUCGGCUACAGACAAGCCUGGAAAGACAAAUUGUCUUCCUCAUGACAAAGCUAUCCAUGUGUGAUGGUUUAGUUCCUAUGGCACCCCAAGGAACGUAUUACACAAUGGUCAAAAUCAAGUACAGUGUGCUAGGAAUGGAUGAUUGGGAAUUCGCAUCUCGCCUGCUGGAUGAAGAGAAUCUGAUUGUGCUACCGGGGAGCGCCCUUGGUGCGCCGAACAAUGCCUUUCGGAUUUCCUUUCACCUUCCCCAACGGUCCUUGUACGAAGCUACCACUCGAUUGUAUAAUUUCUGCCAACGGCAUGCCUCUGAGCGUAGAGAGGCAAUGGACACACUUGUAGAGUUCGCUAUGAUAUAG